CACCCCCCUCUUAGUCGGGACGUAAACCAAGCGUCUCAGACGGACGAAUCAGGAUCAUGACCUCUAGUACCUUCCGCGAUUCGGUCAACUCCCUGGGCUGGGCGCGACGCGACCCCGACGUGCCCGCGACCACCACCUCGUCAUCCAACAGCCCCUUCCUGAAUAGGUUACAGUCCUUGAACCCCUUUGGUCAAGGCGAGGGCUAUCUGCAACUGCCCACUCACGAAGCUCCCGGAGCUCCCCUCCCUGCUGCAAAUCGACGGGAAGAGGAAGAUGGUUUCUUCGCUCUAAGCCGAUGGGAUCGGAUGCUCAUCUUCAUCGCAUGCAACGUUGGCGCCGCCGUGUGUUUCUUCAUUUGCUUUUUCCUCUUCCCGGUGCUCUCCCUCAAACCCCGCAAGUUUGCCAUCCUAUGGUCGGUUGGCUCGCUGCUCUUCUUGCUAUCAUGGGCCGUCCUCAUGGGACCCAUGGUUUACGCUAAACACUUGGUCUCGGGAUCACGGCUGCCCUUCACGGCUGCCUAUUUUGGCUCGAUUGCCAUGACCCUUUUCUUCGCGAUCGGCCUCCAUUCCACCUUCCUAACCCUCAUCUCCUCGAUCUUCCAGCUAGCCGCCCUGGUCUGGUACCUCGUCAGCUACUUCCCCAUGGGCAGCACCGGGCUACAGUUUAUGGGCCGGUUCGGCGCCUCGCGCGUCACGACCUGGAUGGGUAGUUAGUUGACUGUAUGUAUAGUGUGAUAACGGCACGUAGAUAGAUGGGUUUGCGUCAGCGUUUGGCUUGAGCGUUGUGUUGUGGUUUAGUAUAGUGGGUACAUAAUAUAUGGUAUUUCCGAUAGGAUAAGUGGUGC